CACGGCGGCCACCCCAUCCACAUCCACCCCGUCCGUCCUCUCUACAGAUUCGCUGCCACUGGCCUCGGUGCCAGCAUGUGGUUCUUCUUGAUGUACAGAGCCAGAAAGGACGGCCCUGCUCUCCUCGGCUGGAAGCAUCCCUGGGAUCACUAG